AUGUCAACGCGACGACGCGUGCUCACGGCUACGAUCGCUGUGAUAUGCACAAUCGGGAUUGUAUGGCGCUACCACGAUUUGAGUGAAGUACCUGCGUACAUCUCUCGCAAAACAGCAUAUAGGCCUUACAACGUCUCCCAUACUGGCGAUAGCCAUCAUCUACCACAGCCUGCAGAUUCACAUGGCUGGUUCGAGGUCGAAACUAAUCUCAGCAGUGGAGUCAAACAGUAUACGCGUAGCAGUACCAGCACUGUUCCUUCUCUGCUAUGGCUAAGCCUAACCUUUGACUCCCAAUCCUGGGGUAAACACAACUUCCAUCACCGUAAUGUCGACGACUUUUUGCGCAUAAUACCACAACAAGUCCAGCUCGAGGACGUCUCUCUAGGCUUACUCACAAGCUCGGAGCAAGAGUACAAGGCAUACAUUGAAGCGACACGCGCAUAUGACUUUGCUAAGAUCUCAAUCAUCUUGCAUAAAGGCUUUCACGAUGGUCCGGUCGUCGAUCGUGCUCAUCGACAAGAUCGGGCUGUACAAGUAGCUCGACGAAGCGAAUUGGCGAAGCUGAGAAAUUUCCUCAUGCUUAGGACGAUCGCAGACGAAGAGCACAUUCUAUGGAUGGACGCAGAUGUACAUCGACUUGACCGAGGUAUCGUGCAACGCAUGAUCAAGCAUACCGGGGAACGCGCCGACGUCGGAAUGAUCACAGCGCGUUGCUCGCAAGGUGGCAACGACAACUACGACCACAACGCGUGGCGAGGCACACGGCAAGGGCCAAGAGGAUGGGAUCUAAACGAGCAAGAGAUAAAGGACGGCGAGCUGGCGGCUCAGGGUCAAUAUCAUAUACCUGCUAUCAUUAAGGGGUCAACGAACGAUGACCUAGUUGAACUCGAUGUGGUAGGGGCCACAAUUCUAUAUAUUCGAGCUACCUUAAUACGGCAGGGGUUGACUUUUCCAGCGCAUUUUGUGAUUGGCACGAGAUGGCGCAAAGAUGGGUGGGAUGGUAUUGAGUCUGAGGGUCUUUGCUACAACGCACGUGGUAUGGAGAACAGUAAGUGUAUGGUGCUGGGUGGUUCAUGGCACGUCGAGCAUACGAAAGGCUGA